UCAUCGUUUCAAAACAUUGCAUUAUUUGGGUUUCGGAAUCGGAAUAUGGAAAAUUAUAUAAAAAAUAUGAAUAAAAAGUAUGAUAGAGUUAUGCCGAGAAUAAAUAAUCGGUCUCGGUCCAGUAUAAAGUCAUCGUCGACAGUAACUCGUCAUGACAUACCGAGUUCUAGCAGAAUUGGCGCGAAACCUUCUGUUUCAAACAUUGGCUCCAGUGUUUUUAGUGAACUUCCCGUGGUAUUGAAUGACUAUGUGCCUGAAUCUAACAGGGACGGCAGUGGUAAACGAACAUUAGUGGUAAAACCUCGGAAGACUGUGAAGUCGUUAGACCCCGCGUUAUCGCCGCACCGGAGCGUUAAAGUCAGUGAGCCGAGAAAAAGGGAUCAUAAUUUACUAUCACAGAGUUCGGCGCCGUCUGUGUUGUUCCAUGAACAGGAGAAAUGGUCGCACUCACAUGUAGAUCACUGUUUAACGAGUAGAUCUCAUUCAAAGUUAAAAGAACUAAAGGAUGAAAUCAAAGCUUACCACAACUCGGACAAGUUGACCCGUCUCCGCAGUCACUUAUACAAGAGUUGUGGUGUGGUGCUGGAUGAUGUGGGACACGUUGCUGCUGACAAGGCAGUGCAGGUGGAGGAAUUAGAUGCUGGUAAUGGAGAAGCAGAUAAGAUAAGGUAAGUUAUUUGAACUGUUGAUUUGUUCAAUUAGAGAUAUAUAACUGCAUUUUGACCUUUUAGGUAUUAGCAUAACUGCAUAAUGUUAAAUACCACCUAUGACAUGAUCAUAAUAAUUAUUCAAUCAUAUUUGACGAUUAUAAAACUUUAUUCUAAGGUUUAGCGCCUUUUAAAGUUACUGUCAAUCUUAAAUAUACAUAUUUUUAAAAGUAAAAAUUAAUGAGUAAAGAUAAUAAAAAAAAUAUCUUUCUAACAUGUGAUGCCAUAAAAACAUUAUUACUUAUAAUCAUUUAUCAAUAUUACAU